AUGCAACCUGGAUCUCCUGCGGAUGAAGCUGCAUCAGACCCACCUUCUCCAAAUGAGGUGGAAGCAAUGGCAGAAAUGAAAGAGCCAAGUGCAGAGGUUCCCCAACAGUCUGAGGGAAUCUUCACUGAUGCACCCAUAGCCGAGAUACCAGCAAAGGCGGGGCUACGAAUGAAGCCUCCACCAUUGACCGCAGUAGUUGCAGCUCCAGCUACACCUGCAGAUGCUUUUGGUGCUUCCUCCUCUUCAGCACCAAUGGACUUGCGUGAAAGCCCAGGCACACAUGACACUGAACAUGCAGAAUCAGGGCGUCCCGAGAAACAGUUGCGCAUCAAUGCCAUCUCCGAUGUUGGUGCAACUUCAAAUUACUCCUUUGAUGAUUUGCAUGAAGAUGGCAAACCAGACUAUUCCUUUUCACACCAAGAGCUGGACGAUUUGGAAGCUUACGAGCUUGGCCUUGAAGACGAUGAUGGGUACUAUGAUGAUGGUUCCCCAUCUGACCAGCUUUCAGAUGAUGCUGAACAUUUGCUGAAGGAAGUUAUUUUUCCUUACACCAAAGAUGAGCCCAAUCUACCAGUGGAACAGCUUCAGCGUCUGGAUGCAAUUGCAGAUCGAAUUGAGAUGAUUCGUUUGAAAGGCCUUGGCGUGCUUUGUGACCCCAGCAUCUUGGAUGGUGUGACAUACAAAACUUUGUCCACACGUUUUGUGCGUACGUGGAGAUGCAAGAAUGUGGAUGGUUUGGCAUGUUGGUUGAGACGUAGCCGAUUUGUGGCUCGUGAGUUUGCAUGGUUGAAUGAGGCCACAGAAAAUCUUUUCAGUCCAGCAUCAAGUGCCAUUGCAUACCGCAUCAUUCCCACCAUGUUCUUGAAGAACCAGUCCACAUGGGGAUUGUAUGCAAUCGAUAUCAAAGAUGCGUUUCUGACGGUUGAGCAACGUGACCCAACCAUGGUAUAUGCUCAAGAUGCUUCAGGUGAAACAAUAGCGUAUUCACUGGGACGUGUGUUGCCAGGUCAACGAACAGGCAGCAUGUUGUGGCAUGAGUCUUUGACACAGCAUUUGAAGGAUGCAAUUGGUCUUGUUGAGUGCGAGUGCUACCCUAGCAUGCUCAAAUCACAAUGUGGACAAUGCUUCAUACUUCUUCACGUUGACGACUUGUUUGUGACAGGAUCGAAGCGAUAUGUGAAUGAGGUAUUAAUCCCAUGUUUGAAGGCCAAGUACUCCAUUGCUGUGGACUCAGUUGAGAACCCAGGUGAUGAAGUUUCUUUUCUGAAGCGCAGUCAUGUUUUGCUUGAGGGUGGAAAGAUGCUCAUACGUUCGCAUCACAAGCAUUUCAGCCAGUUGAAGGAGUUGCUGGGAAUUGGUAAGAAGUACUUUGCAAAGAAAGCACCAAGUCAUCCCAAAAUUGAUGACAUUGACGAAACCCCAGCGCUGGCUGACUCAGAUGCCUCCAAGUACCGAAGCGCGGUCGGCACCUUGCUGUACUUAGCGCUACAGCUUAUGCUUCUGGUGAACGCCUUGGGCCUUGGCAAGGGAAACGAAGAGUUUGAGACAGCAGCAGAACCAACAUGGACACAUGCGUUUUUCUCAAUGCUCACUGGACUUCUAUGUGCAAUCGGUGGUUUGAUUUUCCUAGUGCGAGCUGCUCAGCGUCGUCAACCACAUGACGCUGUGCCCCAACAAGUUGCUGAAGUUCCAAAUCAGCAGCGUGACCCUGCAGUUAUGGAAGAGAUGGAGACUGAGUCUGAUGAACUGGACGAGACAGGCGAGCCAAUUCUCAACAGUGAAAGAGGUACUGAAAACGCUCCUGCUUCAACAGACCAUGCUGGAGAUCUCGCAAGAUUGCUUCGUCACCAUGGAAUCCCACCGGCGUAUGCACGCUAUUCGCCGGAGCACAUGAUCCUUUGGAUGAUCAUCAGGGGGCAAGGACGAAUUGCCCGUCAUGCUGGGACAAACCGUGGGAGACUUUGGAAGUUGCGAGUUCGAGCUUUAGUAGAACUGCUUCAGCAUGUACGAACGUGCACUGAGGCAACAGUGCGCCAGAGAGCUAUGACAACGAUGUUGGAUGCAGGUGAUUUCAGUUCAGAUGAUGACUCACCCUUUCGUGGUGAUGUUCCAGAUCAUCGACACCAGUACAUCAAUGACGUUCAGCAAGCAAGGGACUUUGCUGAUCAUGUGAUUAGCACUAUGGGGCCUUCAGAUGCCGGCCCAAUUGACGAUGUGAUCGAGGCACAAAGACUCAUGAACAACCCUGCAGAGGAGAACAUGGAAGAAGAGACUCCAACGUCAGACGUUCCAAUGGAUGGUGAUGAAAACAAUUACCCAGAGAUGAUUGAGAUGCACAGACAACGUCGCCGUGCUCUACACACUUUCAGAGUAAAUCGUGACGCGGCUCUUGAGUUGGGCAAUACAGAAGAAGCUGCGUACUGGGAGAGUCAAGAGGACCAAUUACUCCUUUUUUGA